AUGGCGCUUAGCCGGCGGCGGCGGCGGCGCUGCCGGGCGCUGGUGCUGGGCGCGCUCCUCUCGCUGGCCGGCACCUACCUCUGCUACAGCCUCCUCCUCUUCUGCUGCGCGCCAGAGCCGGAGCCGCUGGCCAGCGGGGAGGCGGCAGCAGCGGCAGCAGCGAGAGCAGCCUCUCCCCGGACGGCCGCCCGCUGCCUGCCGGCUGCUGCCGCCGCCCGCAAGAAACUUCUGCAGAAGUGGCGCGCCUGCCCGGCUGCAGCCAGCUCCACCGCCACGGCCGGCAACGGCUCCUCCUCGCCGCCUUCGCCGCCGCCGCCGCCUGCUUCCCGGAGCGUGGGCACCAAGCGGCUCCCGCACGCACUCAUUGUGGGCGUCAAGAAAGGCGGCACCCGCGCCGUGCUGGAGUUCAUCCGCGGCCACCCGGCCGUGCGCGCCCUCGGCACCGAGCCCCACUUCUUCGACAGGCACUACGAGCGUGGCCUGGAGUGGUACAGGUGAGCGGCGGCGCAAGGGGAGGGUGGCAAAGAGGAGCGGCACUCUAUACACGCGCGGGAGUCCCGGGCACUGGCUGAGCCUGGCUGGCAACCCGUCUCAAGGCUAGGUCUAUAUAGCUCGAAUCUCCUUGCCCAAGCCAUGACAUAUGCGCAGCAACGAGUUCUUAGAGCAUGUGCAAAGUGCCUAUCCCAGGGCACUGGGGGACUUUCCUCUUCCAUGUGUCUUUUGGGCUCAUGGGUGCUGGGCGUUAAGUCUUCCCCAGUUCCUUGGAGCUACCACACCCCCCCCCCAGUCUAUCCUCCUCUGGAGGCACCUCUCUGGGUGCGCGGAGAGGUACCGGGAGACUGAGCCCCCGAACCCCGCCAUCUUCCAGGGCUACGCAGGCCGAGCGUUGCCUUUGCACAUCAAGAAGGACUCCUAAACCUCGUCGACGUGUCUGCCAGCAAAGCGGACUCGUAGGAGGAAAACCCACGUCUCCCUCCCCCCAGCCAGCCAAGUCCAGGGGAUAGAAGGCUUAAGAUUCUGAAUUGUGCAGUGGUUAGCUGCGGAGCUGCUCGCCUCUCUAGGGGCGGGCCUGGCUGGCAUUCUGGGUUCUCCAAAUUAGAAGCCGCGGAGCGAAGUGGGGGAGCAUAGGCAUGGGACAGGUGGGGUGAGCUCCCCUGGCCCCCUCCCCUUGCCAAUCCACCUCCUCACUGCAGCAAGUCCUGCCUCAUUUUGGCCAUUUGACAACAGCCCUCACCCAAAGGAGGGCCUUCCCACGUGAAAUAUACCCAAGCCCCCUGACAGCAGCCAAAAACCCUGAUGGAGAGUUGAGCUGGAAGCUUCGCAAAUAGAGUGACUGGCAGGGGGCUUUGUAAGGGUGGGCGGCCCGGGGUCUUUAUACACCAUCCCUAGACCUCCUCCCCCUUUUAAAAACAUAACUGCUUGUUAAACUUUGCACCCAGGGCACAUUGCCCAGACCCCGCUCAACCCACCAUCUUAAUUUGCUCCAAGGCACAAAUCUGCCUGCAUCCAUUUCUGCAUGUGGCAUUGUGGUCUUAUGCCCUUUAAAGUACCCACCUGUCAACGCCCAGCUGGCUGGUGAUGUACCAGCAGAGGGAGCCUGGCUUCCAUUUUAGUUAGUCUUGCAUUGCAUUGCCCAAAAGUUAUUUCUGUUCUCUUUGUGUUGGGUUUUGGGCUUAAAAAAUAAAAAAUGCUCACAACAGCCCUGCGGGGUAGAUUAGGUUGUGAAGUGCUUGCACAGGUCCACAUAACAACUUCAGGACCAUAUCAGGCACCUGGCACCAGGCCUCCUGCCAUGUUUGAACCCAGCAGCACACCCUGCACAGUGCUGCCACUUUGACUUGGGAUCAUAGCCACUUCCAUCUGUUUUUAUGCAGAAAAAGCUCCUCCUGUGCCACAGAUCAGGGUGGUAUUUAAAUCUUCCAGGAGCUCUUGUGCAUUCUCCACCUCCAACCCCUAGAGCUUCAGCAAGGAACAAAUGCUUUCUCAGCUCCUUUGCUACCAAGCAAGUAGGCCGAGGCUGGCAUCCUGCAUUCCACACCCACCCGUCAAAAGGAGAAGCCUCUCCUCCUCCCCGGCCCCAGAGUUGCCCAGGAAACCUAAUUCCCAGCCCAAGUGGGAAAUGUGUAUCAUAAAACUUGCAUUCCAAAUCAGCUUUACAAAUUGUGCUAGAACAUGUGCAUAAUGUGGGUCUUUUUAACUGGGGAGCCUGAAGCCAAGAAGAGCUGUUUGUGGACCUUGUCCCCGAGUCUCUGCCUUCAGCUGGGUCUGAAGCACUUCCAGGAACACAUAGAUCUUGUUAUCCUCAGAGGAAUGACGCCUCAGAAAAAGCUGGGGUGGGGGAGGUGCUGGGCUGGGGUGGGGAGGAUCCUUUGUGGUUUCACUUGCCUGAAUAUGGGGCAGGAAGUACUGUCAAGCCAAGAUGUGCUGCCCUUUGCAGUGGGACUUAGAGCCCUUUGUACCUGUGUGAUCUCAAGGUGUGCUCUUUCCCUGCACAUCCCUAGUGAGAUCUCCAUUCUUACCUUCAGGGCACUACUGCUCAGCAGAGGUGUCCUGCCUGCUGGCACAACCCCAUCAUGCCCAACUAGCUGCCAGCAACACACUGAGUUACACCAUUUUUUGAGCUAGCCUUCACCAACAUGGCACCCUCCAGAUGUUUUGGAUUUCAUCCCCCAUCAUCCAUACAGCCAGCAUUGCCUGAAGUCAAGGGUGAUGGGGACAGGUGGUUUAUGCAGUCCCUGGGCUGGCCAAGUGUCCUACCUCAGAUUCAGUCCAGCUGUCCCUUGGAGGUGGCAGCUGUUCACAUAAGUGUAUCAAUGUUCAGGACUAAGGGCAGGAUUAGGGAGCAGGAGCUGUGCUGGGACGCCUCCCUGCCUUGAGAGGAAUGACGUACUACCUUCAGUAUCAGGUCAUUGCUUGACUGGAUUGGGUGAGUGCGUGAAGAUCCUUUGCUAAGUUGCACCAAUGCCUGGUAGAUCAGGGGAACGCUUCGGAUAUAGACUAUCUUUAGUUCAGCAAAGCCUUUUGAUAUGUUCCCUCUGAUAUUCUUGUUAGCAAGCUGGUAAAUUUGGGGUGGGUGAUACUACUGUAGCUGGUUGAUGGACCAAAGAAUGGCUCUCAGUGGCAUCUCAACAACCUGGAGAGAAGCAGGGUGUCACAGGAUUCUGUCCUAGGCCCCGUGUUUGAGAUCUUUAGAGAUUAAAUGGACAAAAGAGUGGAGGGGAUACUUAUCAGAUUUGCAGAGGAUACCAAACUGGGUGGAGUAGCAAAUAGUGCAUAAGACAGAAACAGGACCCAAUAUGCUCUGGGUAGGAUGGAGAACUGAGGUCAAAACAAUCAUAACCAAUUUCAACAGUGGUAAGUGUAAAGCAGUAAGAUUCAGGAUGGUUUACCAGCAGUCAAUGUGAAAAGGAUCUAAGGGGUUUAAUAGAAUACAAGCUGAGUGUAAGUCAGCAGCGUGACAGUGCAGCAAACAAGGCUCAAGCCAUUCUAGGCUGUAUCAACAGAAGCAUAAUGCCCAGGUCUCAAAAAGUAAUGGUUCCACUCUGUUCUGCUUGGGGUCAGAUCUCACGUGGGACAUUAUUUCCAGGUCUGGGUAUUGCAGUUUAAGAAGGAUACAGAUAAACAUGUUCAGAAGAAGGUGACAGGAAAGGUUGAAGGAACUGCAUAUGUUUAGCCUGGAGAACAGACAAUUAACAGGCAAUAUUGUUAUUGAUGUUUUAAUUGUAUUUAUAAAAGUACUUGCAUACUGCCUUCUCACAAGGCAUCAAGGCACUAGCCAUCUUCAAAUGUCUGUAGGACCCGAACCAAGAGGUACAAAUGGUAAUAAAAAAAAUAUUUAGACCAUAUUUAGAAUGUGAAGGCAGUAUAAACAGUAUGACAGGAGAACUAAACUGCAGCUGCCUCAGAAGGGUGUGGGCUGCCCUUCAUUAGGUUGUCACCAGCCUCUGCCUAAAAACUUCUAUUUGGAAGCUACAUUACACUGAGUCAGACCACUGGCCUAUGUACCCCAGCAGUGUCUGCACUGACUGGCAGCAACACUGCAGGUUUCAAGCAGGGUGUCUUUCCCUGCCCAAUUUGGAGAUGCCAUCAGGAAUUGAAACCCCCGCCCCCCCGGGCUCACUGAGUUACAGCCCUUUGCCUGAAAUGGAUUCUGUUACAGUGGGCUUCCUGCACUGGCAAGGGGUCAAUCUCGAUGACCUUUGGGUUCCCUUCCAGCUGUAUGAUUUUACAUGGACAACCUUGCGUCAAACACUCACCGCAAAUUAUUUCAAGUUAGGUUGUCGCGAAUUCUGCCUUCCUUCACACUGAAUGACUGCAUUGUGUGGGCAGGUUUAUUUGCUGAUAAUCUACACUUGAAUUGUAGGAAGCCAUGAAUAAAUAUACAAAUCAAUAAAUAUAUAUUUGAGUAAAAUGAAGAAGAAGAAGGCUUCAACAUGUGCAUGGCCAGCUAAUGGUGGGGGGUGAGGCUCUGCUUAUGUGUCCUCUGGGGGGCCUGCUUCGUGCUCCAAUCCAUCUCUACCAACCCACAAAACAACAUAAGGUGCCCAGGCAGAACAGCUAAAUGAGACUUUUCAAGGUUCAUGAUAUUCCUUCAAUUUCCAACACAUGCCAGAACUGUAAAAGAAAGCAGAGUGUGCUGGACUGAUUUGGCUCUUGCAAAAUGGAGCGCCUAACCUGCUCUGGGCAUGGCAGGUCUUGUCCUCCUGUGUAUAAUAGGAUGGGCUCGAGUUCCUUUGCCAAGACGCCCUGGAAUGCAGCCUUGGCAUGGAUGCCAACACCUUGAGAGAAGGGCAGAGGGGGUGUCAAUGGGAUGCUGAGCAGCAAGGAGGUGAGCCAUCUCCCCACCCCUGGGUGGCUUGACCUUCUGGCAAGCCAGCCAGCCCUGUUCUGUGUGCUGCUCUUUAUGGACGGACAUUCAAUGCUGUCUCCUGCUGGCUGGUUCAUCUCUCUGCAUGUUGGCUCCUUGAAUUGGUUGUGGUCUCAGACUGAGAGCAUGCAAGGGCUUGAGAGGAAGGUUCUCUCCCCCAAACCUUGCUGCAGCCUGAUAUCUCUUCUCUGGAGCUGCUUCUGUGCAGCAAACAGCUGGUGCUCCUUGCCAGCCCUCUGGUGACUAGCCUGCCCUCCUCUUCCAUCCUUCUCUCUUUGGGAUCUGGCUGUCCCCCUACCUGUUUGCCUAACAGACAGUGCUCUAAACAGCAGCUGAUAUUAACAACAUCUGCAGAACUUGAACUCUUGCAGUCUUAUGCACCACCUGACUUCCUCCUGAGUGAUCACGCCAGCCAGUACUCUCUCCCUGGGCACGUAACAUUUCUUCUAAAUGAGCUUUUAAUUAAAGAAUAAUUAUUGGAACAUCUGAGUUUGCCUGAAGGGCAGAGGAUGUGCUGCAUCUCCACUGCCCACAAAGAGGGAAGGUUUUCUGGGUGCUUUUAAUGCCUGCUGAAUUGCCAGGGCAUGUCCCACCUUCUGCCCCACUGCUAGCAGUCUGCAAAGCUUUUGCCUGGCAUUUGCCUUUUUCUGUGGCUCGGGACGCCACUUCCCUUUGCUACUCAAAAGAAAAGCCCUUUUGCAAGCCAAUGUGUGGUGUUAGGCAUGCCAUUUGUUGUUGUGGUCUGUAAUUCCUGUAAUGCUUUGAUUUUGCAAAAAAGAAAAAAAAUUAUAAUUUUUGUUUCUCAGAGACACUUUUGUUGUUUUGGGCUAACCAGAGCACCAUUUCUUGCGACGAACCUGCACACGUAUUUCUUGCAGGAAAAAAUACACUUAUGAGCUUAUGGGACUAUUGGAAAAGAAGGGAGGAGUCAAUGACUUAUGUCUACUCACAGGUUGGGGUUAAGGUAUAAUGUCCCUUCUCUCUCCCCCCCCCCCCCAGCAUUGGCUUUUUACCGUAUUUCUCCACAUUUGCUUGGCUGACUAGCCCUGCUUGCUGUCUCCAGUGAGAGGCAGGCAGCAUUCUGCCAUUCUGGGACCAAGCCUCAUUGGCAUAGCCAUGCUGGUUGGCUGUGCUGCAAUUCUGCGAAGAAAAACAAAAAUUAAAAAGAAACAUUUAUGGGCAUUCUUAACAAAUGUGAUGAAACUAGGGCUGUGUAUGUCUGUCAGUUUCAGUUUCUCUCUUCCUUAUUUCUUGUCUAAAUCUUAAAUUCAGUUCUGCAUAUUUCCACAUCAGUUUGUGAGUUUGUUAGCUAUGAGUCUUGCAUUGCAGGGGGUUGGACUAGAUGGUUGCUUGGGUCCCCUCCAAGUCUACCAUUCUAUGAUUCCAUGGAUUCUCAUGAAAAUUCACCAGCCAUUUUAGUGCAAAAUUCUCCCGAUAUGCACAUUUUUGCAAAGCAGCUUCCCCUUACGGGGCAUCGUCGUGUGCCAUUUUCACUAAAUAAGUGCAUUUUUGUACAUGUUAUUCCACUGGGGAACGGCAUGCAAAAUUCAGAGGGGUUUUACUUUCAAAGGAUGGUUUUGUGUUUUGGCUCGCAUAUUGCUUCAGAAAGUGUGAAUUAUGUGGGCUGGCCUUUAAAUGCAAGUGGGUGGGGUCCCUCUUUGCUGGUCAGCCAGGGCCAAAGCCAUUGUCAUCUUCCUGGGACCUCAUGGACAUGGCAAGUUGUGCCACCUGCCUUAACUAGCCAGGCACUUCCUUGCCGGCUAAAUCAUGGGGAAUUGGCCCUGAGGCCAUCAAGGGAUCUGUUUAUCUCUCCUGUGAGAACUCCUGCGUUCUGAGUUUGGUUCAUGGCGACUCUGGUGCUGAAGGAUGGGAGAGAGUGGAGUUUUUGCUGUUUGCCGUUUGGGAACCUUGCCAAGCUAAGCACUUCAUUUUCCUGCUGACAAGUGACUAAGACCCAGGAUUAUCCUGAAGUCAGCUGGCACGCUCUGCAAGGAGAGACUUGGGUCCCUGCCUGCUCAGUCUUCCGCACACAAUGGGGACGACAAUGACACAAACAAAUAUAUUUACUCUUCUGUGUUGCAAAUGGAACAAGCACCGGCUUGGGAGAAUGAAUAGGGGGAGGGGGGUGGGCAGGAAUUCUGGCAGUGCCUUGGGUGGGGCAGAGAGCAUGUGCGCAGAAGCCACUCAGAUGCACUUUUCAAAUCAGCCUGCCUCUGGGAGGGAGAGCGUUUCUGAACGUGAGUCAAAGGCCCACCCCCAUGGGGGGAGUCUUGCACAGGCAAAGGGUUCUCCAGUGCCUGAUCCAUCCUGUCACAGCCCAUAGGGAGAAUUAACUCUCCUCCUGACAGAAGCUUUGCACUGCUGCAGCCCUGCCUAAGGUGAUUGAGCAAAUCACACUCAAUUUACAAAGGGGAGCAGAGAGGGCAUCUAGUCUUCUGUCCUUGCGGAGCCAGCUUUUUCUCUCUCAAGUCCCACUUACUCACACAAGGAGCAUGAACCCAGGCGGGUGGGGGGAGUUUGUAGGGGAGAAGGCAGCCUCUCUGGUAUAUGGGGCAGCUCUGUAGAGAGGGAAUUUCACCACUUAUGGGCUGCCACAGAGAUGUCCUCACCCAGGCAGCCACCACCAAGCUUCCAAGGUCGGUGGAACUACCAGAGGGGCCCCUCUGCUGAUCUUAACACCUGGGUCUGUACGGAGGAAAUUGACUUCACAGGCUUAGGAGCCAACUCCCAGGGGCUGAGGUCCCCCCCUUAAAAUAUUUUCGGAGGUUGCCCCCCACAAAAUUCAUGGGCAUUUCCAUUCAAAUGGUGUGCGUGCCAGAUCUUGUGAUCAAUUAUGUGGGGUGACACUUACAUGGCUCCCCCAAUAUUUUAUUCAAGUUGGCACCCCUGCUCUCAGGUAUUUGGGGCCUAAGUUGUUUAGGGCUUUAAAGACUAACAUGAGUCUCUUGAGUUGAGCCUGGAAAUGAAGUGGCAUAGAGCAUAGAGCUGGUGUUAGUCUUCCCUGCGCCAGGAGGUUUCUAGAGAGGACGUGGUAUUCCCCGCCAGCUGUGCCAACAGGGCAUGCUGGAGAUCAGGAGGCACAUCUUACUGCUGCCACCACCCUAGUCAAGUACCUGAGUGGCAUGUAGGUUUAAUUGGCCCUUUGCUUUGCUCUGAGCCUCAUAAAUCCAGAUUAUGAGUCCUAUUGUUUAAAGGCUGUCAGCAAGAUGCUAAUUCAGUGUCAGGGAGCCCCUGCUCCCACUGCUGGGUUUAGAUCACAAAAACAGGUUUGGGUCAUCCAUCAGCGCCAGACAGCUUUAUAAGCAGCUCAGCGUUGGUGGGAGAUUCAUAAAACGGCUGUUUCAUUAACGGGCCACCUCUGGGCUUAAUAAAGCUCUAUUCCAUGAGGAAUUGGGUCCAUGUAUUUAAAAAACAAAAAUUACAGGUCCUAAUCAAUUACAAAAAGUGCAGAAUAAACUGCAUUAAUAAAUUAGAGGAGCAGAGCCAAGAGCUCUCAAAAUCUGCAGAAUGGAAUGGUGGCGUUUGCAGCCCCUGAGCAACAGAGGAGUGCCAAGGUGGCAAGAAGGGAGGGGAGUUGCAGGCGGAAGAGGAGAUAAUAAGCAACGGUUUCAGCUGGAGAAAGGGAAAGGUGUGUCUUCCCAGCAACCAUGCAUCUUGCAGGCUGUGAAAGUCUCCCUGGAGGGGAGAGAAGCCCCACAGGCUGAAAUGCACUUGAUUUUGGCUCCUUUGUUUCUCACUUGUCCAAUCUUAAUUCAAGUUCUCCACAUUUCUGAAGGAGUUUACAAAUUAAUUUUUCAGAAGUCGUCAUGAAAAUUCACCGCAGGCACAGCAUGUGAGGACUAGUAAGGGGAGGGCGCCUUUGCAGUAGGGCAUUGUUUCAUUUUUCCAUUCUUAUAAGACUGACAGUUCAAGAGAAAAAUAGGGAAACCAUUAGUAUCCAAGUAUCUGGGGAAUUACCAUCAGUUAAUGUUUAUUAUGCCUUAAAUCCUCUCGAUUUGACAAACAUGGCAAUGCUGACUGUUCUCUUCUGUAUUAGAUACCUAUCGAGAAACAAUGCUAUCUUAGUGCAGACUGCUCUGCUGCUGUUUGACACAUGGAAAUCAUUGUAGCCGUCAAUAAAAACAUAAAUGCAUGUCUGGACAGGCCCCCAAAUGAAGGCCUGACUGCACUGCAAAAAUAAGGGCUCCACUCCACCAGCCUAUAGUGGCUGACCCUUUCCCACUAAUCCAGGACUUCCACUAUUAGAAUACACUUCAUCUGGUCCUUAAUUAAAAACAACAUUCCCAUAUGCAAGUAAAAGAAGGAUUGAUUUCUUUUCUUGAAUAAAUUUUAUUGGAAUUUAAAAAGAGAUAUUAUAGAGAUUUUCUGGCUAUGAUGAUGAAAUAAUCACUGCCUUGGAUAACUUGAAUAUGGGGCAAGGGAAUCCUUUCCAUCCUCAGGGAGUCACACUUGUUGUGGCUUUUUAAAAAGAUGUCCACAGCAAGUACUAUGGAGACAAUGAUGUUAUAGAACAGGUUUAAUAUAAGGACCCAUGGAGGGCAGGUGGGAAGUCUAGCGAUUUGGAGGAAUCUGUAAAUGUGAAUGGUAGUUUUGUUAUAAUUAUAUACUUAUAAAAUAAAAUAAAAACUAUUUUUUAAAAAUUUAAAAAGUUAAAAGUUAAAAGUUAAAACGGGGGGGGGGGGGCUGGGAGAUGUCCUCAGCAGGUCCAAAUGGGUGUUUCUGGACAUUUUGUGGCAAAGAAGGGCUACCAGUCACCUCCUGACCAUGCAGAGAUGGUUGCUGGUUCAAGGGUUGCUGGCAGAGACCAGUGGCACAUCUAAUCCAUCAUUUUCUUCUCACAUGGCCAACCAGAUUCCCCAAUGGGAAACCAGCAAGCAGGACCAGAGCACAAGAACAGUCUCUUCUCCUGUGGUUUGCAGCAACUGGCGUUCAGAAGCAUUGUGGCCUCCAAUACUGGAGGGAAGCCAUAGUUACCUUGGCUAGCAGCCAUCAUAUUAUAGAAAAAGUAGAGUUGGAAGGGUCCCUGUCAGGUUUCAGGGAAUCCGAUCCCUCCCUCAGUGGCAACCAAAAAGCAGAUUUGCAAACCAGGGAGUUCUUAGAACAUAAUUUAUUCAGCAUUCAGAGAGACAGACAAAGAAAUGAAGUCUCUAUUAAAUAAUGGCAUUGCUCCGAGUAAAGGCCAACCCUCUCUGUCUCAUCCUACGUCAUCCCUGCUCUGGCUUAUCUGAGCUUUCUGCCUCUGAGCUUUCUGUUCUACUACUCUCAAUGCACGCCUGGUCCUGGGGGGGGGGGGGAGAGGUCAGGAAUGCUUCCUAGAGACACUGAGUCCAUCAGCUGUCUCUCCCUGGUGCUUCUUCUUCUUCCUGCUGUUCCUCUUCCAAUAUUUCCCAGCUUCUCCCCUCUGCAGCCUCUGAACUAUGCCCUUCUGCAAACCACUGUUCUGAAUCUAUACUAUCCUCCUGUUCUUGGGAAGGUUCAGGAGAAGGGAUGCAGCUCCCAUCAUUCCUCCUCACUCCUGACAGUCCCCAAGGGCCAUCUACUUCACACCCCCCCUGCAGUGAUAGCCCUCCUGUGGGAGGGAGCCGUGUGCAAAGAAGUCCUCUCUUUUUAUUUGCUUUGCAACUGACCUCUACCUGCGCUGCCUUCCUCUCUUGCAGGCGCCUGAUGCCCCGCACCCUGGAGACCCAGAUCACCAUGGAGAAGACGCCCAGCUACUUUGUCACACGGGAAGCCCCCCGGCGGAUCUUCAACAUGUCUCGGGAGACCAAGCUGAUUGUGGUGGUGCGCAACCCGGUGACCCGGGCCAUCUCCGACUACACCCAGACACUCUCCAAGAAGCCUGACAUCCCCACCUUUGAGGGCCUCUCCUUCCGCAACCGCAGCCUGGGCCUGGUGGACACUUCCUGGAGCGCCAUCCGCAUUGGCCUCUACGCCCUGCACCUGGAGAGCUGGCUCCAGUACUUCCCGCUCUCCCAGAUGCACUUUGUCAGCGGCGAGCGGCUCAUCACCGACCCGGCGGGGGAGAUGGGCAAGAUCCAGGACUUCCUGGGCAUCCAGAGGCUCAUCAGCGAGAAGCACUUCUACUUCAACAAGACCAAGGGCUUCCCCUGCUUGAAGAAGGCCACCCCCGGAGGCACAUUGCCGCGCUGCCUGGGCAAGUCCAAGGGCAGGACUCAUGUCCAGAUCGACCCCGAGGUCAUUGAGCAGCUGCAGGACUUCUACCACCCCUACAACGUCAAGUUCUACGAGACGGUGGGCCAGGACUUCCGAUGGGAAUAA